CUCACAUAAAGAUAAAAAAUCCAGGAGGUGACUAUCCCGUUUUGUUUAUAAACCGUAAGGGGUAUUAUUCGCUUAAUGUACAGGUCGUUAGUGAUAGCAAAUGCAGAAUUAGACAUUGUAGCACGAUGGAGGGGUAGUACGCAUGAUUCACGUAUCUGGAAUGAGUCUUCGUUGAAGAGAAGAUUUCAGGCAGGUGAUACUACAGGCAUAUUACUGGGUGACAAUGGAUAUGCAUCAACCAGAUAUUUGUUGACACCUGUGUUAAAUCCAGUUACAGAUGCUGAAAAUAGAUAUAAUAGAGCACAUUGUUCGACAAGGAAUGUUGUUGAGAGGUUGUUUGGUAUUUGGAAAAACAAAUUUAUGUGCUUUUUCAAUGGUCUAAAUUUAAAGUUGGAAACAACAAAAGCUGCAAUUGUCGCAGCAGCUAUUGUACAUAAUAUAAUUAUUAAUGAUAAAUUAGAAAACGAACGUCAAGAUUUAUCAGAUGAUGAUAAUGAUGAUGAACACCCAGACGCUGAGGAUUUCAGAGUAGAAAUAGAAGAUAAUGCUCAAGGAAAUAUAUUUAGGAGACAAUAUAUUCAACGUUAUUUUAAUUAA